AUGCAGCAAGUAACUACAAAGACAGCGGAGGAAGCCCAUUACCUCCCCCGCCUACCAAACGAGAUCAUAUUGAUGAUAUUCGACAACCUAAUCGCAGACGCUGCGGCCGACUGCCAGCCCAUCACGUGGGAUAUUCAUCAAGGAAUGGAAUGGUCUACCAGACGCCGAUCUCAUACCGCAGUAACCUACCAUCCAGAACACCAAGAGCCCAGGGAGCUACUUUCCUCAAUGAAGCGCUUCAACAGUAUCCGACUCCCAUUACAUACCUGCUCAUGGAACAGGGCCCUGACUAUGAACAUCUUUCAUCCGUUUUACUAUCGCAGCAACCUCUUUCGAGUAUUCAGAGCCCCACCAUUAGGGGAUGAAAACUACAUGCAAUGUAAUAAGCAGACCGGUGUCUGGACAAACCCAAUACUCGACGUCUUCUGUCUUAGUAACAUCCCCGUCGACAGCCGCGAAACGCACAUGUGGCCGUUUUCGCGACCAAGCAGGCAUCAGACCUCCUUGCCCCGCCAGCUCAGCGUCACGACCAACGGAAUCCUCCGAGUUGUCCAAAACGUCAGAUUCGACUGGGCCAAGUCGGGUAUAAAGUUCCCAGAGGACCUGUCAGGCGCGCUCGAGUGGUGUCUCUCUCUUCCAAACGUCAAACGCAUCGACUUGGACAAGCACCCGAUGCAUCCUACCGCCGGCGUGCCCGGGUACUUGAGGACGGGACGCUUUCAGCUCGCGUCUGGCAAGUUUGGACCCGAGAAUCUUCACCUUGCCGGGCUACCGAAUCGGAUCACCUUUUCUCUGCAACGCCGUACGACGGACAAGGCCCCGUGGAAGGCGCUCCGGGAAAGGAGGGUCCCAGUUGUAAUUCGCGACCGGGCCUUUAGUGAGGAGCAAAGUCACGAGACUGAUCCGCUGGAGAUAUUCCUUGAUGAGAGUGAUGAGAUUUGCUUCCGGCUCUUUUUUCGGUAG